GGGCAAAGAGCGAGGGUUCAAAGUUGGAAGGGAUCAUUGGGGUUGCAACGGAUGAUCUUCUACAUGGUGGCAACGAAAGGCACUGGAAGAACAUUGAGGUGAUUGCCAAGGAGUAUAAGCUUGGAAAGAAUCAACAAGGAAGCGGUAGAUUCACAGGGAAGGACAUCUCCUAUCAGAGCGACGGAUCAAUUCUGGUGAACCAAAAGUUUUAUGUGGAAGACAAGGUGCAGAUCAUUCCGCUGGAUCGGAAACGCAAGCAACAAAGGUACUCCAAGUGUACCCCUGCCGAGAUUGAGGCCCUGCGUAGCUCCCUGGGUGUUUUAUCGUGGCUGGCUAAAGAGUCCAGAUGCGACAUUGCGGGCAGGGUCGCUCUCCUUCAACAAGCCCUCCCCGAGCCUCAGGUGAAGGACGUCAUCGAGGCGAACCGGAUCAGCGAGGAGGCCCGCAAGUACAGUGACUUAGGCAUCCGAGUGAUGCCGAUCCCCGUCGAGAGUCUCAGGGUGUCUGUCGUGACGGACGCCGCAUGGGGCAAUGCGAAAGAACAACCAUGGGUUGAGGACCACCCAGAGGAUUACUGGGAAGAGCGAGCGGACCGCUGGACCCGGUAUCAUGUGCAUCUUCGACGGACUACCUUCCAUCCUGGAGCUGCUCCAGGAGGACCGGACCUACAUGACCUCGUGGAAGGGCGCAUGAUCGUCAAGUUUGACAAGGCGGCGGACGAGACCAUGCGCAAGGAGGUCUUGGAGGACAAGUGGUCCGAUGCCCAAGGCAUCCGAGUGUUGCAAGACAGCCCUUGGACCGGGCACAGUGUCUUCUGGAAGUCAAAGGGGGACAAGUUGCCGGCUACCAAGGGCGGCCAGAUCGUUAUCUACCACGACAAGAAGCUUUCAGAGACAGAAGCCCCAGCGCUGACAACGGUGGCAUCCUGGAAGAGCUACCGUCUGAAGCGCAAGACGGUGGACACCUUGGCAGCAGAAGGUCAAGCCUUGCAAGGAGGCUUGGGAGCGGUCCAUUGGCAUCGCCUCCUUUUCAUGGAGGCCCUCUUCGGCAAUCUGUCGGUGACUGACUGGAGAGCAGUAGCGGGUAGGCUUCCUGUUCUUGCAGCCGUUGAUUCCAAAUCUUUGUAUGAUGCAGUGACUAAAUGUGCUUGUACAGCGUCGUACGUGAGCGACAAACGAACAGCCAUUGAUUUGGCUGUCAUAAAAUCGGAUCUGACUGAGACCAGCGGUACGAUCCGCUGGAUAGACACUAGAUCGAUGUUGUCAGAUCCGCUGACGAAGCAGCACCCCGGAGCAUAUCUGAGAUAUGUUCUUCGUAAUGGUUUUUGGUCUGUGAUGGAAGAGGGACACGCCUUGCAAGCUAAGGCACUGGAGCGAGAGGCCGACCGCCCGGCCGGAGAUGCCCCGAGUCUUACAGAUGCGGCUGAGUAUCGACAGUUUCUGCAUUUCCUGAACCGUCGAGGACAAGGACGGCAACAGGCAGCUGCCGAUGACGACGGCGAUGAGGACGACCGCGAGAACCGCAGCAACGCGGGUCCUCCUCCCACAUGGGACGCGACAACGCCUUUCCGGGACUACCUGAUCAGGGCUCGGUUAUGGUUGGCGACGACAAAGACGAAGCCUCAGAGCAGAGGACCGAUGCUACUACGUAGCCUCAGUGGCGUGCCGUUUGAUGACAUGAAGUACCUGGCUAAGAGUGAUAGCUGGAUGAAGGCAAAGGACAAUGGCGAGCAAUUGCUCGCGGCGAUGGACACCCGGGAGCUCUAUGGCGAGGACGAGCGCGAGGACAUGCUGAACAGCCUCUUCAAGAUAACCUACGCGGUGAGGAGGCAAAAGAACGAAGGCCACAAGGAGUUUUUCUCCAGAUGGGAAUUGGCCAUCAGGAAGCUAUCCGAGCACAACAUCACUUUGCCCUCCGAGUACCUGGGUUUCCUGCUGACCAUGGCUCUCCAGCUGAAUCAGGAAGAAGUUAAACUUCUUAUGAACUUCACUCAGGGGCGUCUUAGCCAGAAGGACGUGAAGGAGUGGGUCCGGGUUCACGAGACCAAUCUGGAUCUACGGUCGGCGGCAGCGACCUCUACCGCGGCGAGGUCCAAGGCGGACGCCCAGGAGGACCAGAUCGAGGUUUUGCUGAAUGCGAUGCAGGAUCUCGACGGCGAGCCCGAGGGCGGCCAGGACGACGGCGAGGGGAUCUUCGAUGAGGACGAGGCCCGGGAGAUCUUGUCGACCAUGGUCAAGGAGCACGCCAAGAAGAGGACUUUCUUUGCCGUGAACGAGGCGAAGAAGAACAAGAGCCUCGCGAGGGGCUACGGCACUGGAGCACGCCAUUCCUUCGGCAAGGGGGGUGGUAAAUCCGGAUACAAGGGCGGUGGCAUCGAAGGAUCCUACAAGGUGUCGAUCGAGGCGCUGAAGCGGCGCACAAAGUGCGCAAACUGCCAUCAGGUUGGACAUUGGCAUCGUGAAUGCCCUCGGCCCAAUCGACUUCAUGGCAAGGGCGAGAAGGAGCACGGGACCCAUCUCCUGGAGACCGGAGCUCAUGAAGCCCACUUCCUCGGCUUCGAUGACUUUCUCCGAAUCAAGAAGGCCCUUGCCGAUGAGACCGGCGACCAGAUGACGUAUGGAGGGUCCACAAGCAGUGGAUCCCGAAGGCGACCUGCCGGAUCGGCCUCCGUUUUGUCCGCAUAUAAGGAGCGACUGCCUGUUCAUGAUGUGUGGUUUCUUGAUAGCAGAUCUCAGCAGACUCCGCUGGAUGAUGAUGACACAUGUGCCACAGUUGACACAGGUUGCCAGAGAUCUGCGGUAGGUAGUGAGACGCUUCGGAAGCUGUUGGAGCAUCAGCCCCCAGGCCUUCGAACGAUAGUCAAGAACGAAGUUCACCACUUCAAAUCCAUCAACGGCAUCAGUAAGACAGACCAU